AUGUAUGGGGACUUAGGCAUCAAACUGGUGCAACACGCCAAGAGGACGCAAAACCUGGCGCACCUCCCACCCUAUCAAGCGGAGAUUGUGCGUGCGGUGACGCGUGAGGUGCGAGACCUGGACAAGGACGUUUCGGAGCUGCUGGAGCCUUUCCAAGGGUCGUUUGACCCGUCGGCGGACCCGGCCGUGGCUUGCACGCUGCUGGUCAACCACCUGUCGAUGCGACGCAACAAGAGGUGCCUGCUGGCGUACCACCGGACGCGGACGGACAAGCUCGAGGAGCUGGUGUGGAACGACAAUGACGUCGUCGACCUGUCGGGACAGCAGGUGCGCGAGGGGGACAACAGCAGCGGCGGUGGCGCCAGCGGCCCUACAUCGAGUCUGAGCCCGCAGGAGGAAGAGUACGUGCGUCAGUACAGCGACCUGCUCGCAGCAUACAAAGGACAGUGGACCGAUAUAGACCUCACGGGGAGCCUCGAACCGCCGCGUGAUCUGUUCAUCGACGUGCGUGUCCUCAAGGAUGCGGGGGAGAUCCAGACGGAAUAUGGGGCCAUCACUCUGUCAAAGAACAGCCAAUUCUACGUUCGGCAGGGAGACGUGGAGAGACUCAUUGCACAGGGCUACCUGCAGAAGCUCAGUGGUUGA